AUGUCUGGCAAUUUUCCUCUGUACGUUGCGGUAGGGGGUUCAAAUGCCAGCGUCUUUCUGAGUCAUCAAAGCACAAUGACUGAGCCAAGAAAGUCCGAAGAGGACAAGGCAGAUGUCAGACAAAUGGAGCGUGUCUUGACAGGCGGUUCUAAUGGAGGCGCCGAGAAGCCUGUCGCCAAGAUUGGCAAGGUUGACGAGUUUGGGGCGCAUACCAAGACCGACCCCAAGGAGAUUGCACUCGUGAAGAAGAUUGACUUCUACAUUCUGCCUAUUCUCUGGAUCAUGUACUUCCUCAAUUUCCUCGACCGAAACGCAAUGAUCAAUGGCAAGCUUAACUCGCUGUCCGAAGACCUGAAGCUGAAGGGAACUGAGUACAACACUUGCGUAUCCAUUCUAUUUGUUGGAUACCUGUGUGGCCAGAUCCCCUCGAACAUGAUCCUGAACCGAGUGCGACCCUCCUGGUACAUGGCGGGCUUCAUGUUGACUUGGUCGAUAAUAAGUCUGCUUACGUACCUUGCACACGACUACAAGACAAUGCUAGUGUGCCGGUUCUUUCUCGGUAUCACAGAGGCUCCGUUCUACCCUGGCGCACUCUAUAUGCUCAGCAUGUUCUACACACGCAAGGAAAUUGCGACUCGAAUGGCUGUCUUUUACACUGGCAACAUGCUAGCUAGCGCUUUUUCCGGGCUGAUUGCGGCUGGCAUAUUCGCCGGACUCGAUGGGAAGCACGGCCUUGCAGGCUGGCAAUGGCUAUUCACUGUCCAGGGUGCUGUGUCCAUUGGUGUGGCGAUGGCGGCAUUCUACUUCCUCCCCGACGCUCCGCUUCAGACUCGCUGGCUCAGCCCUGAGCAACGACAUAUGGCACACCAGCGCAUAUUCGACGAUACGACCGAUCGUCGCGAGGGAGGCACCAGUGUCUGGAAAGGAUUGCGAGAGGCUUGUACCGAUUGGAGAACAUGGCUCUUCUGUCUCAUGGACAAUUUGCACCUUUCCGCAAAUGGUUUCAAGAACUUCUUGCCGAGCGUUGUCAAAACCCUUCACUACAACACCACAAUCACAUUAGUUCUAACGUGCCCGCCGUACAUUCUAGCUGGCAUCAUGAGCAUUGUUGUAUCGCAUUCAUCAGGCCGUUUCAAUGAACGCACAUGGCACACAACAGUGAGCAAGCUCAUUGCUUGUGCGGGCUUCGCCAUGGCUGUGGCCACACUCAAUACUACUGUUAGAUAUGUCGGUAUCAUGAUUUUCGUUGGAGCAACGUAUGGGGUGAAUAAUAUCAUUCUCGGAUGGACCUCGGCAACUUUAGGCCAGACGGAUGAGAAGAAGGCCGUUGCGAUCGCCAUGGCCAACACAUUUGGGAACCUUGCUAGCGUCUACACUCCAUACCUAUGGCCAGAAUCAGAUGAGCCACGAUACUUAACUGCAAUGCUUGCUAGUAUCGGCUUCUCUCUCGGUGUCGUUGUUUGCGCCUGGAUCAUGAGGAUUGCGCUACAGAGGCAGAACAAGAAAACGUUGGCGUCUAACCCAGAUGCCUUGAACUUGUAUGUCUACUAA